UGCCCCGUCGCUCGGAUCCUUUUAGUCGCUGUCAUUCCGGGAGAAUAGACCAGCCUGCUAGUUUCUGGUCUUCUCCGCCACUUGCGCUCGCAGUGUCCGUCCUGCAUACCGGUUUAUUUAUCUCACCCGCCGCAGCUGGAUGUCGUUUCAUCCUGUUUUCCCUCUGACUUGUCAUUGAUUUCUGGUUGUUGUUCUUGUUGUUGUCGUCAGUUCUCUUCCUUUUUCUGCGUCCUUCUGUUUCUCCUCUGCUCUGCUUUGUUCUUUUUUGUCUUGCGUUUCAUCUCUCUCCUCUUUGAUUCCCUUCUUCCUUUGUUUUUCCUUUCUCAGAAGCAUUGCCGUCAUCCAUCAUCCCUGUCUCCUGUGCUGGAGCCUUGACGACACGAUAUGGCUCCCCAUCCGCAAUGCCCUGACAUCUUUGACGACGCUACUCGUGGGGAAUACAAGCAAUCUGGCUUCAGGUCCAUAAUGCUAUCCAAGGCCCACAGAAGAAACCUCUCCGCCGAUGAUGCCCCAAUUAUUCCGAGGAGCCUCUUGAAGAACAAAUACAUUCCUCCCGUUCCUUUCUUUGCGGCAGACGAGCGACGAACUAUUCCCGAGCAACGUCCGCUGGGUGAGAUAGCUCCCAAUCGCGAUUCACCUGACGGGCUGAAACAGACCAAUCAGGCUACGGAAAAGCAAGAGAGACACGGAUUACAUCAGAAGAAGAAAAGUGCCGUAUCUCUGAAAUCUCUGAGGAGCUACAUGGAUCGGGACCGUAGGGAUCACAAGCCGGAGGACAACCACGAUGACAACUCGGCGGACUGGAAACCAAAAAAGGCAAAGUCCUCGAACAGUCUGUCGGCAAUCCUUAAGCGUUCUCAGCGUUCACGGCGAGCAGACGCGUCCAAGGACGUUCGUGACAAGGAAAACAGGAGCCCUGUUGACCCAGUUGGCAAUACACCUACCUCUCCAGUCUGGCCUCAAUCCGUAGAACAACCCUUCCGGGAACACCUUGCCGGGCCUUUCACCCAAGAAAACCGGAGAACCUUAGCGGAAGAAAUGUCCAUCUAUACCCCAAAAGGCUACUCCCCGGCUCAGCAACGGAACUUUUACGAUUACUACCAGCCGUCCCUGACUAGACGCACGGAGGCUAAGCCUCGCCCCAAGUCCGAUUGUAUCUCGGGGCAUCAAAUGGUAAAGGACUUCGUGGACUCAUGCACAAAAUCAUGCCCGAUUGAACCGGCUGCUAAUCCCUCAUCUCGAGGACCGGAGAGACGUCGGAAGACGACAUCUGAAUCCCGCCCAGAGACUGAGAAUAAGCAAGACGCAAGUCCUAAGAAACAGUCCCGCGUGCAAGCCGCGAUAUCAGCAUUUAAUGCGAGGGAACAGGAGGCCGAAUUGCAGAAACGAUUGAAUUCAAAGGACAUUGAAAGUGAAUUUGAAAAGUUACUGGAUGCGAGGGACAUUCCCCAUAAUAUGAGGGACAAAAUGAGAUCCCUGGAUACGAACAUCAAAGCUGAUUUUAUCCAAAAGGGUCUGCUUGAAAACAAUACACCUCGCAGUGCGAGUCCCACUGUGUCUACAAACGGCAGCACUGGACGUCAGGGUCGCAGAAAGGAACAAAAAGAAGAUAGAGACGGCAAGAGUUCGCGAUCACGGUCGAGGAGCCGCGGCUUUUCAUUCUCUAAGGGCAGCAUGUCACCUAAGAAACGGCCGGAUUCCGUGGGAUCCCAUAAACGUCCGAAGUCUGUAGACUUGUCUCAGCCCACAGGCACUUUCAAGACCUUAAAUCCGAAUACCUCCGCAUCUUCGCUCUCCGGAACUGCUUGCAUUGAUACGGCUGCUGAUCCAUCUGAUUUCGUGCAUUAUUUGAGAGAAAUACAGAAACCGGAGAUGAUAGACGUUGGCAAAUUGCAUAAGCUUCGCAUUUUGUUGCGGAAUGAGACUGUCAGCUGGGUUGACACUUUUAUUGCAGAUGGCGGCAUGGACGAAAUAGUGCAACUGCUCUAUAGGAUUAUGAAGAUUGAGUGGAGGGAGGAGCAUGAGGACAAUUUGCUGCAUGAAACACUGCUCUGUCUAAAGGCCCUCUGUACCACAUCAAUUGCAUUGAAGCGUCUCACUGAAAUUGAAUCGGAGCUUUUCCCAGCACUACUCCGAAUGCUCUUCGAUGAGGAAAAGAAAGGACCUAGCGAGUUUACUACUCGUGGUAUCAUCAUAAAUACCUUGUUCACGUAUCUCUCUGCUGCCCCACCUGGGGCCGCAUCGGCAGCUAGGGCAGCGGGAAUUCUCUCCUAUCUGCGUGACCCCAGGCCACCAGAAGAUAAUCAGCCACUGUCGUUUAUCGCCAAUAUCUAUCAGUCACGACCGUAUCGAGUUUGGUGCAAAGAAGUAACGAAUGUGACGAAAGAGGUCUUUUGGAUUUUCCUGCACCAUUUGAACGUUAUCCCGAUCGUGAAAUCUGAUCAGGCACCCGCGGAAGGAUCUCGCAAGACCUUCCAACAACGGCACUUCCCACCUCCACGACCACCGGUUCCAGCAGCCCCUUACGUCGGUGGGGUCGAGUGGGAUGCCACCAACUAUCUGGCGGCACAUCUAGAUCUUAUGAAUGGGCUCAUCGCAUGUAUACCUACCGCUGACGAGCGCAACCAGUUGCGUUCGGAGCUUCGAGCCUCUGGGUUCGAGAAGAUGAUGGGCAGCAGUUUGCGAACAUGCAAAGAGAAAUUCUACUUUGCAGUGCACGAUUGUCUCCGAACCUGGGUGGCAGCUGCUGUGGAAGAUGGAUGGCCCUAUGCUCAUGUUCGGGAGGGGCCACCUCGAGACGAGCCCAGUUCACCAAGGAAGUCUCCAGUCAAGGCCGUCCCCGGUAGCCCUAAGAAGGGCCCAGGUAUAGUUGACGAUAAACCUCCUAAGUUGGAGCUGGCGAUUGAUGUGAAACCCAAUCGACUCUCCCAUCAAGACAAUAUUGGUAAUUGGAUUUAACAGAACCUAGCCGGUCAGCUAGGGUUGCAUUGAUGAAAAACAGUUUUGCUUUUUCUUUUCGGUUUAUUCCUUCGUUAUUACGACUACGAUUCUGAUCAUAAAGCGGCGUUGUGGACAUGCUUACUCCUUUCCGGCCCUUUCAUUCUUUUUUUUUUCACUCUUUCGUCUCCAUGAUCGCUCUUUUGGAGUUCCUGGAUAUCCAAAGGGGCUGCUUUUGGCAUUUGGGUGUUUGGUGUUUGGGGUUUCCAAUGCAUCCUCAUGAUUGAAUUGAAUGAACGGCCAUGUGAUGAAUGACUGACGAACCUGGCCCGGAUGGGAUGAUUAAUUUUCUUCUGCGUGGUCUCUUCCUGCCCUGUGUGGCAUCGAAGUAGAUCGUUUUAGUGUUUUUAUUUUUUGGUUUGGGCUAACAUGCCAUGGAUUGAAUGAAAAUCAUUCUUG